GCACUUGCAGCCACACAAAGGUCUCGUGCUGCAUACUUGAACCCUUUGGUACUAUUGUAUCGCCCAAAAUAUAAUCAUUUUCCUGACCCCAAGCGUAAGGCGCCUGCGACUUGCCGCCAUCUGACUAUAUUGCCCCGCCUUCCCGAAGUCCAACGCUCUCCACAUUCUAAGCCCGAGCGCGCCUCUGGAAUCUCCACCUGCCCUCUUUCUACAACUUGACCGGUGCACACAGGGUAUAUCACCCACCACUAUAUUGCCCUUCUGGCUUGCUGUAUAACACUUGCAAUAUACGCGCCUGUCUGUUAUAACGCUUCGCAAGUCGCUUCUGUCACGCUUCUACCUCGCAUCCCCAUUUUCGGUUCAACCUCGGACGCCACUCGUAAGAAGGCACAGUAUGGCAUCGUCAUCUGCCGCAGCUGGGCUGCUGGCUCGCCAGCUCAAACAAAUGCAAAAUGACAAGAGUAUAUCCGGUAUAAGCUGUGGUUUGGUGGAAAACAACGUGUUCGAGUGGGAGGUCAUGCUCAUGAUUGACGACGACACAAAGUUCUAUGGAGGAGGUUUCUUCCGCGCACGUCUUACUUUCCCCAUCGAAUACCCUCUGCUACCGCCAAAAAUGCGCUUUGAGACACCUAUUUUCCACCCCAACAUCUACCAGAACGGCGAUGUAUGCAUCUCGAUCCUCCAUCCUCCGGAAGAAGACAAAUACGGUUAUGAGUCAGCCGCAGAACGCUGGUCACCUGUCCAAACACCCGAGACUAUCCUCCUCUCCGUUAUAUCCAUGCUUUCGAGCCCAAAUGACGAGUCACCUGCGAAUGUCGAGGCUGCAGCUUUGUGGCGAGAAAAUACUCCAGAAUUCAAGAAGCGGGUACGAAAGUGUGUUAGGGAUAGCUUGGAGUUUGAAUGAGACGGAUAUAUGAAAGUCGGCUGGACACAUGUGAUCAUGAAAUUAGCAUAAGCGAAUGGUAUUCCUGGAUUCGGCCAUCUGGUUACGGCGUGCAUGAUGAUAGUCUUGGUGUUCAUAAUUCCAAUAUCAGGUGCAUAUCGUUUCG